AUGCCGGUCUUCAACAAUCUCAAGUCUUUUUUACGUAUUAAGAGUGACAAGAAACGUGGAUGGCAAGCGAUGCCGGUUCUUCUAAGGAGCUGCCCACGUUUAGAAACUCUAGUCCUUGAGGGUCUCUUGCACCAUGAGAAAGAUAAAUGUGGGGAUGCUUGUGACUGCAUUAUUCGGGAAGACAAAGGUCUUUCUCUCGCAUCUUGGCCCGUGACAAUGUUGGAGAUCCAAGGGUUUCUUGGAACAAUGAAAGAGAUGGCAUUGAUAAAGCAUUUCUUGGACAACUUUCAGUGUUUGAAAGAGAUGGAGAUCUUCGUUGAAGAGGAUGAACCUACAGAGCUCAGAGUGCCUGAAGUGGCUAUGCUUAUCCCGCAGAUGAUAGAAGUGCACAACAGCUUAUCAAGCUGCAAUGUCCAGCUCCUGGUCAGUGAUUACUUGUCUAAGAAGUGGGCUGCAAAAGGAAGCCUCUGA